UAGCUGGUUCAGGUGUGUUUAACUGGGGUUGGAGGACAAGGUCUGCAGGACAGUGGCCCUCCAGGACCGAGUUUGGAAACCCCUGAUUUAUAAUAUCUGUUCAUUUAUAUAUAGCCCCCUGGUACCUUGUUUGACUUUGUUUCCCAUCUGACUGAGGCAACCCGACUCUCAAAUUGUGUUGCAGCCAGCCAAUCAGAUCGGGACAGGUUAUUUCAUUACCAUUUUUUUUUUCUUUUUUUCUGUGCAAUAUGCAUUAGGAAGUGAGUGUGACAAAUACUGUUUAAUUGUAUUCAACCUGGAAUAUUAUCUGUAGUUGUAGGCACAUGUUGAAAGAAAGCACUAGGUUCAAUUUAAAUAUCAGCUUCUUACAACAGAUGUUUAUUGUAUUUCCAUGUCGCCUCAAUGACUCCAAAUGUGCAAUUUGUCCUAAACGCUGAAUCAGAGUUCACACUCAAACACAAUGUUCUUUAGGACCGCGCGGUGUCACAUCGGUCUGUGCUCGCCACUCUCAAGAAUGGGUUCAAUCCGCGCGCACAGCACACACACUGCCAUCUCCAAGCGCGAGCGGAGCGCGGCAAUUUAAUGACGGCAUAAUCUGAUGAAGUAGCAACAAUCAGGGGAAAAAGUGGAUCUUCAUGCGCACAUUCCCAGGAAUAUUCCAGCUGGCUUCAGGAUGAAGACACCAAUGCGUCAUGGAGUAGCCGUGUUUCUCGCGAUCACCAUGUGCACCAGUCUGUUGUUCGUGUACAGCGUCAGCUAUAAUAAUAAUACUACAGCAUCCAGCGCGUCAAAGGGCGCGUCAGGUGAGAAAGUGGAGCCCACCAGAGCGCCGCGCGCGCCUCCAGCACUGCAGGGAUACAGCAGCAUCAUUGAGCACAAGCCUCUGAAGAUGCACUGCAGGAGCUGCGCGUUGGUCACCAGCUCGGGUCAUUUAACCGGUGGGGGUCGUGGAAAAGAGAUCGAUCAGGCGGAGUGCGUCAUCCGAAUGAAUGAUGCACCCACAGCCCGUGGCUACGGGGCGGACGUGGGUCACCGCACGAGCUUGAGGGUCAUCGCUCAUUCCAGCAUGCAGAGAGUGCUGCGCAGCCGCCAUGAACUCCUCAACUCCAGUCAGGACACGGUCUUCAUCUUCUGGGGACCCAGCAGUUACAUGCGACGGGAUGGGAAAGGGCUGGUUUAUAACAACCUGCGGCUUAUGAACCAAGUGCUGCCCAAACUCAAGGUCUAUAUCAUCUCCUGGCAGAAAAUGCUCCAGUUUGAUGAGCUAUUCAAGAGAGAGACCGGCAAAGACAGGAGAAUCUCUAACUCGUGGUUAAGUACAGGCUGGUUUACAAUGACUAUUGCCUUAGAGCUUUGUGACAGAAUCAAUGUUUAUGGCAUGGUGCCUCCAGAUUUCUGUAGGGAGUCUCAGCACCCCUCUGUCCCAUAUCACUACUACGAACCCACGGGUCCGGACGAAUGUGCCAUGUACAUCUCCCACGAGCGAGGCCGUCGAGGCAGCCACCAUCGCUUCAUCACAGAGAAGCGGGUCUUUGCUAACUGGGCUCGGACAUUCAACAUCCAUUUCUACCAGCCGGACUGGAGUCCUCCGCCCUUACCGAGAAAUAACACGGCAACCACAGCAUUUCCCCGAUCGCAGAAGACGUGACUCUUACCAGAGCCUUCAAAAGAUCUCAAACUGCCUCAAACGGAUCAGUGGCUAAUUCCUGUUGCCAUGUGGAUGGAGCUUUACGUGUCUUGGCUGGGACAGGGAGCUCUGGGAGGACAGCGAUUCAUGGAGAACUGAUGCUUAAACCUGUUCUUUUGCAUAUUCAUUGUUUUUUUUGUUUUUUGGUAUGAAAAGCAUUCCAGCAAUCUGUACACAUUCAAAUUUCAGAAAUUCUCAUCAGCAACUAACUGAGUAUCACUGGGAGUUCUUAGUUUUAUACAGUGUGAAAGAAAAAGGGUGGUGGAUCCAAGAGCUCUGGGGUGUUGAGAAUCUGCUUGGACCAAAACGUAUGCUAAAGUCAAUGUAAAAGUGUAAGUCAUUUUAGUUCCAUAAUAUGGUAUAUAUGUAAGAGAAACAGGAUAUUCAAUGAGAGAUCAAAAUGGUGCAACUUCAUUUUAUUCAGCUGGAAUUGAUUUGACUGUGAAACAUGGUCUCUAUAUGACAGGUGGUUGGAGAUAGUUGUUUGUGACAUCAGCUGAACAGCAAUAUUUUUUUAUUAAUUUUGAUUAUGAGUACUAUUUUUUAAAAAUUGGAACAGCAUGAAGCGAUAAACAAUUUGUAAUGAGAAUUGAAUGUGCACUAAGGGGGCUUUCACACUGGCAGUUUAGUUCGAAACGGGGCACGGUUCGCGUGAAAAAUCGCUAAUGUGAAAGCUGUCAUGCGAACCCGGGUGUGCACUGGGGUACCGAACCCGAGACUACCUGAAGGAGGUGGUCUGAGUUCGGUUGCACUUGAACUGUGCCACGGUUCACAUGAAUAUGAAAACAACACAGACUCGGGUGCGCACUUGUUCAGGAAGUAAAGUAACCUGCACAUACGUUUUAGCCGAUGAUAAUAUAUUUACUAAAAUAAAACACAUGUAAGAGAUGAUAGUGUUGAUGAUUUACCUUGGAUUCGAGCAGGAGUGAGCCUGCAGUGUAUUCGCGGCAAAUGAAUGGUAAUCAGCUGUCUCCUCAAAAUAGUCUGUUUGCAAGCAGCGGAAAAACAUCUACAUGCGACGCACAUACAGUAAACUCAAGUGUCGUUUACUCUGCUGCACAGAAUAGCACCAAAUUAAUAAAAAAACACAAUUUACUGACCUGCGUUCUGUUUUCUAUCAUGCGGCGUGCACGUCUGUGAUGAUGUAAGAUGAUCGCAAACGCACCAAUGUUCGAUAGAAUCAAUUUGAGUGUGAAACCAGACCAACGCUGCGGGGGGCACCGGAAACAAUUGCGCCCGGGCUCGGACCGCAGCAAACGAGCCCAGUGUGAAAACCCCCUAAGGGGCCGUUUACAUGACACCAUUUUCAACUAAAAACGUGAGGUCGUUCAUUUACAUGACAACAGCAUUUUGGGGGCCUGAAAAUGCAAGUUUUUGAAAACUAUACUGUUAUCGUCUCCAUGUAAACUACAAAAAUGCAUAGUGUUUCUUUACAAAGUGACAUCGCCAACUACUGGCCUGGCAUAAAUAAUACAGCGCUUUUAGUUGUUUUCACGGAUCCGUGUGAACGGGAUCGUUUUGACAAUGUUGUUGUCUUUAACGUUUUUAAAAUGUUUUAGUACAUUGUUGUCGUGUAAACGUACCCUAAGAAAGUAAACAAGUACAUUUUUAUUCAUGUUGUCUUUAAGGCAAGACACCCCAGGUGAAUAGGUAAAAAAAGCUGAUUGAUUACAUUAAAAACUGCAAUCAUUUUUUUUUUAUUACAAGUUUUAUGAAAUGUUAUGAUUAAAUAUGCAAAUUAUAUACACUUUCUAAUUAAAUAUGCACUCAUAUUUUGUAUUCAAUUCAAUUGUAUUCAAUUUGUAUUCAAUUUUGUUGAAAUAUUACAGUUUAAGGGUUUUACUAAGGGGAUUUUGGAUUUCUCUUUUUGACACUUCAUAAAUCAGAAAACAGCCUUUAUCAGACACAAAUAGAUCAAGUACAUUAAAACAAACACCUAAAAGUGUAUUUUGGAGUUUUCCCUUACUAAACAACAAGUUAUGAAAAAAAAAAAAAAAACUUAUAAAAUUAUAAAAUCCAAAAUUGACCAGUGCAUGAAAAAAAUCAUGUUUUUGCCUGUAGUGUCUUGCUUUAAAUAACCAACAAAACCAAUAAUGUCCUGUGUAGCUAUUAAUGAACACUAUAAUAUUUAAAUGCCUAUUUUAUUGUCCCCACUGACACUGGAUUGCUGUUUAUUUAUGCAUCUCUAUCUAUCUAUCUAUCUAUCUAUCUAUCUAUCUUUGUUUUAUUCUCUUAUUUUUCUAUUUUCUGAGAUAAGAAAGUUGCACACUGCAGAAAUCGUUACACAGAAGAUAAAUGGAGCAAAUGAUUUUACUUGACUGUGAGAUUGAUUUUACAUGCUUUAACAUGAACAAUAAACAGUUUGUUUUAUUAAAACGAAAAAGAAAAUGACAAUUAAUAAGCACUUUGAUCCUGCAGUUUUGAUCUAGAGUUCUUACCUCACAUUUAUCAAAACUGAAA